UCCCAAUUUGCCUUUAUUCUUGAGUGAAUACGAAUAGAACGUCAAAAAUUUGGGAUCCAACUUUUAUCAUGUCGAAAACGAUGAACCACCCUUGCUAGAAGAUUUUAUCGGAGUGCCAAGUCAAUAAAAACAAUCUGUAUUGCAAUAAUAAUAAGAAUAAAUAAAGAAACUUCAAGAUUAAGUGAGCAUUUUAAAGCAAGAAGUAAGCCAAGUUAAAAAACAGCAGGAAGACAAUUUGUAGUUGGUGUAGACCCUUCCCUCAGAAAAGAAACCACUCCAGCCAAAUUAAUAACAGGAUUCUGAGAAUAUCUAGGAUUCAAUUUCCGAAUUAUCUCAAAAGAAUACUGAGGUCAAGUAACCCAAUGAGGGAGGGUUCGAAUAUGGAGAUCAAUUGGAUAAAAUAGGAUAGGCUGCAUAGAUCAAAUAAACAGGCAUCAAAAUGUAUUAUUUGUUAUGGCAAAAGCGACCUAAUGGUACUCUUAAAAUUAAUAUAUUAGGAAUUAUUCCAAAAAAUCGAUGGGUGAACAGUGAGUAUCUGUAAAAAUAUGAUAUCAAAUCAUUGUGUUACUAUCUAUAAAAAAAAUUAUUAUGA